CAAAAAAAAUUUUUUUUUUUUUUGAUACUUUUUUUCUAAAUUCUAAGAUAACAAAAAAAAUUAUUAUCAACGAGAGUUAAAAAAAAAAAAUAUGGUGUUUGUAAUUCGUCGCGAUGUCUACAGAUGGCGACACAAGAAAAAUUCACAAAAAUCAAAAAAAUCUUUUCCACCUUCAAAUAAAAAUGAAAAAUUAAAUUUACAAUUUGGCUCAUAUUCUCUUUGCAAAAUAACUCCAAUUAAUUCAAACGAUUGUAAAACUGUUCCAAUUUUUAAACAAAAAAAUUUUGUCACUAGAAAAAAAGAUAGAGAAAAUAAUGUACGGCUUUUUGGAGAAUUUGUAAAAAUUUCAAAAUUAAAAAAUAAUAUCGGUCCUGGUUCCUAUGAUAUUGUACAAUGGCCAGAAAAUUUUUUAAAUAAAACUGGUUCAAGUGUGAAAAAAAAUUUGGAUUUUGGAACAACGUCACGAUUUUUGAAGAAAGUCAAAUUCUCAACUCCUGGUCCUGGUUAUGUUGGAAUUAAUCAUAAUCCUUAUUAUUUCAUUGAAAAUAAGAAAAAACAAGGUGUUUCCAAAUUGCCAACUUUUGAAUUUGAUGGAUUGGCCCCGAGAAUUCCAAAAAUAAAAUCCACUUCAUUGGCCCCAAAUAGAUACAAGAUUAAAUAUCCCAAUAGUUUGGAUAGUUUUAUUGAGAAAAAAACUGGUAAACGAGGACCCUAUGAUUUAUUUACUGGACCCAGGGAUUAUUCAACUGUAAAGGGAUAUUUUAUCGCUCCAGUAAUUUUCGAAAAUUCUGAUUGGCCAAAAAAAUUGCCCGGCGAAAUUGAAAAAUUAUUUCAUAAAUCAAAUCAUUUUAAAGGUGUUUUUGGCAAAAAUCCACGUUUUCCAAAAUCGGAACCAAUUGGACCAGGACCGAAUCACUAUGAAUUGGAAAAUCGAAAACAAACGAGAAUAGUUAAAAAUAAUAAUUGCGCAUUUGGAAAAUCGCUUGAGAAAGAAAAAAAAUUAGGUUGCAGGGAAAUUCGUCCAUGCCCGGGACAAUAUAAUUUGGAAAUGAAAAAAAUAAUUCACGGUUCGGGAUGGAGGUCAAUUUUUAAAAGUAAACUUCCCAGGAUAAAAAGUCUCGUCAAAGAGUCCUACAACAGUUUUUGAAAAUCUCCCCCCCCCUGCCCUAUAAAAAAAACUUAAUUCCGGUUUAAAAAAAAAAAAAAAAAAAUUUUAAUUAAAAAUUUUUUUUUGUUUUUCAAAAAAAUAUUGCUCUUAAAUCCAGUUUUUAAAAAAUAGUUUUUCAAAACCAAAAAUGUAGAUUUUUUUUCAAAAAUAUUUUUUUUUUUAAUAUCUGCCCAUAAAAAAAAAAUAACAGAAAAAAAAAAAUUUUUUAUUUUAUUUAUUUUUUGAAGAAAAAAAAAUAUAAAUAAAAAAAAAUUUCUCAAAGUU